AUGCAGCAGCUGAGAGGAAGAAGAAGCAAACGCAGGAGCAGGAUAGCGGUUUGGUGGCGUGCGGUGGGGUAUUUCGGACAGUUACGACGGCAAACGGCGAGAGUAAAAAUAGCAGUUCUAAUCGCAGACAAGGAGGUUCUCACGGACGCAAACGUGGUUGAGUUCCACUGUCAGACUUCACAUCACAAUCCCGAGUGCAUGUUCAGUUUUGAAUCUUCACAGUACGAACAGCUUCCGUGUCGGACCAGUCUGAGCAGACGUGUGCUGCUGUCGAAAGUGAAAAAUCCAUCUGUAACUGAUGUGAAUGUGACCUGUCAUUAUCGCACAAAAGUGGUUCAACACUGGUCCCCACAAAGUAACUUUCUAUCCAUCGCUAUGAGAGACCUGGCUCCUCCUUCUUUGGCCGUAGUUCCAUCAGUGAUCACAGAGUCUGAGACCGUCACUCUGCGGUGUCGUCCUCCAGCCUCUGUCUCUGUGUCCCAGUGUGGCUUCAGUGUGGACAUCAGCAGCAGCAGCAGCAGCAGCUCCACAUGUGACUGUGACAGGGUCACAGCUGCUCACAGAGAAACACAGUCCUCCAGCUCGUCUGGACAUAAUGUGUUUUUAUCAAGUCAAUGA